GGCAGAGUUGAAGUGUGAUUGUCAAGUGAGAUGGAACUGAAGCUGCAGCUCAGCGUCUUCCUGUUACUCAUACAGGUUUCACUUGCAGUGUGGCAGCGUGUGACUGUGUAUGAAGGUCAGACACUCAGCUUAAGCUGCCCAGUUGCUAAUGCUCACAUGACCCAUGUCGACUGGAAGAACCCUGAAGGAUAUAUUAUGUUUUUUAAUCGCAAUCAAGCUUUGAAGGACAAGCGCUACAGCAUCAACAAUCUGUCUCAGUCAGAAUUCAAUAUCAGUAUUUCCAACAUCACCUUCAAAGAUGGAGGCAACUACACAUGCACUCAGUACAGCGCUCUAACGACAGAGAAGAAAGUGGAGGUGACAGUGAUAGGCCGACCCAAAAUGGAAAAAGCAGUGCAUGAAGGAACGUUUGUCAUAAAAUGCACUGCUGAAGGGAACCACUAUCCUCCCCAGAUCUCCUGGAAAUUGGAUAAUGGACCUGAAAUUCUUGCUCAUGACCAACAAGAAGUUAGAAAAUAUGAAGAUAAGAAAUAUGUCUCAAUGGAUAUACUACACAUUCACUCAGUGAAGAACAGGAUCACUGUCAAAUGCCUUGUUCGCAAUCGAGCUCAGCACUCACAACCACUGAUGAACUUUGUCAAAAUUGGACCAAAAUCAACAAAGUCCCGGGGCACAACGACAACCAGUUCCCCCACAACCCACCUUCGAGGGUCAACAGAGGGCCCAGGAACAACAACCGGCUGGUUCAGACCCGGGAGAACAACAGUUAACCAUGCAACCAGAGAAGUGAAGGGGCCGUCAUCAGAGAGCUCUAUAAUGUUAUCAACUGCUCCCUCCAAUCAGCUGUUUUCCUCCAAUGAGCCACAGACAGUCACAGCACCCGGUGGACGUCCUCUGGUCCCUGUGACAUCCACAGGCUCACAUCUCAGCACCAGUGAUGACUCAACAAUCUCUGUGGUAUCAGGCUCGACCAUGAGGAGGAAUGACACCGUCAGUAAUGCAACAAGCACAGCAGACUGGACAUCUGUCUCCGAAACUACAGAAGAAAUCACAUCCAAUAACAGUACGGAGGGAAACAGAACAGGGAGCUUUGAUGACCCAAAUAUGCGGACAGGAACCGGAGGAAGUUCAUCAUUGCUGGUAUUCCUGGUUACAUGCCUGAUCUUUGGUCUCCUGGUGGUCGUCAUUUUCUUUGCCAUCAAGCUGAGGAGAGCACACAUCGCCUGGAAGAAAGUUUUUAUUGUCACAGAGAAUGAGGACACUGAUCCAUCAGAGGAGAGCAGUAAAUCGAAAUCAAGCCAGGAAGAGAGGAACGCCCAAGGACAGAGGCGAAGAGGGCUCUUCAACACGGCAUUCACACAGUACGACGUUGAAAAACCAACAGUGAUUAGCUCAGUGAUAAACACAAAUGCAAAGGUAGCAGAAGAGAGUGAAAAUAAAGAGCAGUCUUCUGAACCUCAAACCCUGGGACAAACUCUAGCCAAGUGUGACAUAAAAGAGACAGAGCUAUGACAAUUUGUAAAAUACAUUAGAAUAUCAGAUAUAUCAUGAGCACCAUUAGAAUGCCAACAGAUUAAUCUGAUAAGCUUUUUACUGUAAGAAAGAGUGUUUUAAAUAAUGUGCAAACUUGCUUAUAGUCAUGUAAAUAUUGUAAACAUUUUGUCUUUACAUGUACCAAUAAAUAAUGUUUUGCUAGA